AUGUUGACAACAAACAUAGACAUAGACAUUGCUGAUAGACUUGUACAUGGUCAAAUGGGAACUGUAAUUAAGAUUGGACUUACUGAAAAUACUCAAAAAUCAAACAUUGUAUACAUUAAGUUCGAUGACAGUGACGCUGGAAAAAAUGCAAUAACAAAACAUUCCAAUUCAUUUGCUCGUGAUAACAAUGUAGUCCCUAUUGAGCCAGUACUGACAAAAAUAAAAAUAAGGCCAGGAAAACCUUCAUCACCAGAAAUACAAAGAACACAAUUUCCUUUAACAUUAGCUUAUGCAUGUACUGUACACAAGGUUCAAGGUUUAACAUUGAAAAAAAGUAGUUAUUCAGGGUUCGAAAUUAACGGUUGUCCGGUUGUCCCGGACAACCAAAAUUACGAUGGGGCAACCAAAUUGUGGCCCCUUGGGCAACCCAAUCUGUCGUGGCACUAGUCCUUAAUGAAGACUUGAUAGAUUUGAAUAAAUAUAACAGCUUGUUGUCUUUGGAGAGUAAGCGAUACCUAAACUAAGUUAGUGGAAAGAAAAAAAAACGCGGAAGAAAUACUAAAGUAUCACGUACACUACUGUUGGAAACCGAAGUUCAUUUUGGCACAACAUUCUUAUUUGAAUGAGCCUGUUGUGCUUUAAUCAGCGGUUGGUACCAGUAAACAUAGUCCAUGAUGCACUAGUGAGAUCCGCUCCGUAAUGCCGCCAUGUUUGUUUCGACGAUGGCAAUUUACCAUUCAUCUUAUUAUUAUCAUCUUAGUUAACAUGAGCCUCUUCCGCUACUUCGGCCGUGAGAAAGUGAAGGCCGUUGGCGAUAACAACAAUUUGAAAGCCACGAAGAAAGAUGAUCAUCAAAGCAAUGCUACGGGUGUCGCAAAAUCUACAGCAGAAUUAGGCAAGGCGCAAGAAAUUUCAAGAAAAAGGUGUAGUACAUUUCAAGAGUCGUGGAAGACUAGAAGACCCUGGCUGAAAUUUGACGAGAAAGAAAACGCUAUGUUUUGCAGUUAUUGCAGACAGUUUUCGAAAGAUAAAUCUGCCUUUGGGAGUGAAAAAGGUAACAACAGUUUUCGUCUUGAUGGGAUCAAAAAACAUAAAAUAAGUGAGGCGCAUAAGACAGCCAAAUUAGCUCAUGAUGCUAGCAAUGCUCAACCUAGAAUGGCACCACUGGAAGCGUGUCUGAUUAACAUGGAAAAGGAAGCUCUUGAUCACCUAGUGAAACUUUUUCAUACCGUGUACUAUCUGACUCGCGCAGAACGACCUUUUAGGGAUUUUGUUGGACUAUGCAGCCUCCAGGAAAGAAAUGGUGUUAACACUGGUAAGAGUUACGUGAAUCAUCUUCAUUCUUCUUCCUCAUCUUCAGUGUAGGUUUUCCUCAUUUGAAAAUGAGGACAUAUUUAAGAAUAUGUCCAUUUUUAAUUUUAAGAACUGGCCCUUAGGUUUAGAGGAGCUACAGGUCUAUGGCAAUGAACAGCUUUCAUCAGUAGUAGAUCAUUUUGAAGAACUGUUGAUAAGGAAUGAUUGUGACAUUGAUUCUGUUCCUUUGGAGUGGGUUUCAUUGAAGAUAUAUGUUUCCGGUUUUGAGGCAGCUGAACCAGCAGUUUAUUACUUCGACUUAUGGCAAAGAGUUAUCAGAGAAAAUGAGGAUAGAUUCAAGAAUAUCAUCCUGGUGCUUAUGAUCGUGCUGCUGAUUCCAAUCCACACUAGUGAAGUUGAGAGAGGCUUUUCUCUUAUGAACAGGGUAAAACAAGAUUGGCGGGCAAGGCUAACAACCCCCCACUUAAAUGAACUGAUGUGCAUUCCUCUUUUGGGUCCUGCAUGCAAUGAAUUUGAACCAAUGGAAGCUAUAAGGCUGUGGUGGCAAGGUGGAAGAAGAGCUAGAAGACCCCAAUUUCAGCCCCAUGGACCCAGAAGAAGACAGGCAAGAUGUGAACAUGAUCUGGAUACUGGAGACAGCUCUGAUUCUGAAGAAGAACAGUAAAUUGCAAGACUCUAAAGACAUUUGAAUUAAGUUUCCUGGCAAGCUUUUGUGAAAAAGUGUUUAUUUGUGAGGUUCCAACUUCCAAUUUUUUUUCCUGUUAUUAUACUGUAAUGUUUGUUGAUUAUUAUAAUACUAAUACUAAUGGACAAAAACGAGACACAGGCUGGUCAAAACAUUUUAUUAAGAUACUCUUGAAUACAGUUCACUGUAUUUGUAUUUCAUUUUCUUGUUCAAAUUAAUAAAAGCCACUGUUUAGCUACCUGUAUUAGUUUCUUGGCUUGAACUGGGGCAAGAGCUUGGACAACCAAAAUAUUCUAUGGGCAACCAAACCAAGUCUUGUGGUUGCCCCAGGGGCAACUGGACAUAAAAGUAAAUUUCGAACCCUGUUAUUAGCUUUGAUCUUCUCAAACAAAGAUCGUUUAACUAUGGCCAACUAUAUGUAGCACUAAGCCAUUCAACAUCAUUGCAAGGACUUCAUAUUCUUGGAAAUAUUGAAAUGAAACAUGUUAAGGCAAAUCCUAAAGUACACCAAGAAUAUGAAAGGUUACGAGAGAUUUCACCAACUACAAAUAGUCUUUUCUCUCAACUUCAGUUAACAGUCUCAAAUAAUGAUGUCACAGUUUCUCUGUUAAAUAUUAGGUCUCUUCGAAAACACAGUAUUGACAUAAAAAAUGAAGCAAAUAUAAUGAACAGUGAUGUCAUAGCUUUCACAGAAACACAACUCCUUUCUCAUAAUUCAGAUGCUGAAAUAAGAGAAAACUUACACCCACCACCAGAUCAAGUGUUUAGAAAGAGAGUGUAGUUCCUGAGGGAUUGAUGGUUUCAAAUUGCUUCCAGACGAAACCUGCCAGGAGGGAUCAGUACGAUGGUCCUGCUAUGAAUGUGUCCCAACUGGAAAAUGUUUUGAAGAUGGGCAAGAGAAAAAAAAAGAUUUCUUUGGUUCAAAAGGAUACAUCUCCAUUUCAGCUGUUCAGCUACCUCAAAGAGCUGCUACAAGUUUAUCCAAGUCACUCUUUUAUGGCCCGCUGGCAACGAGAACAGCUUGACAGUUUGCUGGAAAAUCUCCCUCUAGGGCAUGUUGUAUGUGUUAACAACUAUUCAGAAGGAUAUGCAUGUAGAAAGCAAGAUGAAACUCAAAGUUAAUACUUUGACGUUGCUAAAGUUUCACUGCGUGUAUCCAUACUUUAUCGACAUGCCAUUGAGGCCACAGAUCGUGUACAAAGUACAGAGGAAGAACCCCAAACAGUUAAAAAGCACAUCUUUGUGAUCUCUGAUGACCCUGGGCAAGAACAUAACAGCGUCCACCGAGUUCAAGAGCUCAUCAAUCAGUACCUAACUGAAGACCUUGGCUGUGAAGUGAGAAAAAUGCACCAGUUCACAGAUGGCUAUGCAACCCAAUACAAAUCCCGACACUGCUUGGGUGACUUGUCCUGCUCUCUUGCUGAUUAUGGUUAUUUGAUACAGAGGAAUUUCUUUCAAACAUCUCAUGCUAAAGGAGAGCAGGAUGCUGCUUGAUCAAACACCAAGCAGAAAGUCAGGACAACCACCAUCAAAAACGCAAAGGAAAUGUAUGAUUACCUACUUCAGAACUUCUGCCAUCCAGCAGUAUCAACCUUUUCUAUACGUACAAAGUCUGUUCAGCUAAAGUGGUGCAUUUUUUCCAUGCACCUAUUUCUGGAGAGGGAGCUGUACAAAGGAACAGACCCGGACGACAGUUUAAGACUUCAAAGGGAAUAAGGAAAUUGCAUUGUGUAAAAUCUUUGACUCAGCAAGAGAAGCUGUUGGUUGCCUCAUGGAUGAUGAGCUCAACUGCCUGAAUAAAGAUUGGCUUGACGAAUGGAAAGAAGUUUCUAUACUUAGAGAAGCCACCGCAGCAACGACCAGGCAGGAAUCAGAAAUUCUAGUUCUAGAUCAUGACACGGCACUGCACAUAGCAGACCUGGCUGGAAAAGAUAGCACUGUUGCAAUUGCAGCAAUUGAUGACCCCAUGUAUGACUUCUACUCAAUGAAAGUUACUUCUGAUGGUGUAGAACAACUGAGUGAGAACUUCACGGAUGAUUAUCAGUGUCAUUACUAUCGAGGAAGCGAGAUUUUAAAGGGUCACUUCUACUUACAGGAUAACAUACAUGAUAUGACUUAUACUUUAGACAAAAAGAAUGUUGCAGCAGUGUUCGCAGCCACUGUGAGACACAUCUGCAGUGAUCUUGCAGUUAAAAAAAGAAACAAGAAGUGCAUUUAUAAGCUCUCGCUUAUGCAGCAUGAGGAAAUCAUCGCUUCAUUGUGACAUUAUUAUCCUAACUUUUUCGCUAAAAUAGAUUGUUAAUAUAAAAAACAUCAUAUAUUUGCUUUACACUUAGCUAUUCCAGCUUGCUUCCCUUCUAAAUAGCGCUCUGUGAAGGAAAAACAACUCGAUUUGAAUUUUGCCACGCCCUCAGUACAUCAUGGGUAAAUAAAAAAUGGCUUUGUGUAUUGAAAAACUAUAUUUUUUGCAAGAUUUCAAUGGAAAUAACCAUAGUAAGCAAAAUUAGGGAGAAAGAAACAAUAAAACGAGCUUUCUUGAAUUCAGACAUUUUUUGACCUAUUGUAACGCAAAAUGGAGUUAUGACUGUGCUACUCAUCAAAACAAUCUAGAACUAUACCAAGUUUCAUAACAGAAUUAGAACAUAUACUAUAUAAUGAUGAUAUAGAUGUAGUUCUUGGUGAUUUUAACAUUAAUUAUAUGAAUAGUGAUGAUUGUAACCCACUUAAAUCAAUGAUGAAAUCUUUAAAUUUUAGUAGUAAAACAACCAACUUUUAUUUCCUCUGGCACCGAAUUGGAUCAUAUUUACCUCAAAUCUUCCAGAUUUAAUAUACUUGAAAAUAAAGUGAUCAUGUGUACUAUUCUGACCAUGAUGCAAAUAAAAUUAGUAUCCAAAAGAUAUAGCUAUAUCAUAUGAAACACUUUACUUACAAUAACAUCAUUUUACUCAUAAUAACAUCAUAAACAUCAAGAUACUGUCUCUAUACUAGGAUCAAUAACAAUUAUUCAUAAUAAACUAUACAAAGCAAAACCCCAUCAAUGAUUUUAUUAGAAAAAUAAAACAGAAAUUCUAAACAUUUACACAAAAUUUUAAAAAGCAUAGCAAAAAUUCAAAUAUAAACAACAAGGGCUGGUAUGACAGCCACUGGCGGACAACAGAAGACCUUGAUGACAGUACUUCAUAAAAAAAAAUAGGUUUGUAGCCAAUUUCAUUUAUUAUACCCUUUGAACACCAAUAAUACAUUAAACAAAGACUUAAUAAAAUAACACCAUAAAAUAACAACACAAUAAUAUAUUUCAGGAAGGAAAAUAACAAAUGUACCUGCCCAGCACAUUACACAGUAUAAUCCAAACAGAACAGCCACUUCACAAAUAUUCAAAAUUGAAAGGUAGGAAUCUACUCCCUUUAAUGUUAAGUAUAUGUAAUUAUCAAAACUCAUGAGUACAAAUAAGUUUAUUAUAUAGUUAUCAAUGAGAAACAAGGUUUCUCUAGAAAUAUUCACAUUUAGUGAAGAUAUCACGCAAAUGUAUAUUUAACAAAUCUCUUUGAAUUUUAUUGAUAGUCAUAGCGCAAUAUUUUUUUAGUUUUUGUCGAAAAUUUUCAAAACAUCGCCCUGUUAUUGGAGAAACAAAUUUUACCUUGUCUUGCCCAAUUUAGAUAUCAUACUCUUUACUCUUUCACUGCACUUAGUCUUAUUUUUCCAUACCAAAACUUAUAUGACCAUUUCAGUAAUUAACAAACAUUAAUCUAAACAUGUCUCUUAUUGCAGAAAAAAGUGAAUCAUCCAAAAAUAACAACCUAAUAAAAAAUCAUGUCAGAGUCUGUUCACAAGCCACAAGUCACAACUACGCCCAUAACCACAAAAACGGAUCGAAAAUCAAGAAUUCUGGACCAAUCAAAAUCAGCAAUUACGUAAAACUGACCAAUAAAAACACAGAUGUAAUGAACUAAUAACAGAUCACCUUGUCGGCACAGAACAACCCACAAAGUUCCCUCACGGGUAAAAGCACAGUAUCAACCAAUCAGCUUGAAACGUAUCUUGAUCCUAAAAGGUGAGAAAUAUACUAAGCUCCUGCGUAUAAAUAGCCUAGAUCACAUACGACAGCUCACAGCCGUAACAACUAUGAUACUUGAAAGCUGUAAAAUGUCGUCCCCUCUCAAUAAGACAAGCAGUAAGCGUAAAAAUGAAGAGACACUCAUAGGAUACGCACAAGAUGUAUCAGAAGUGAAAAGAAACCGAAGUAAUACCACGGAUUAUGUAACCAUGACAAUCCAGACGUCGCCAGUAAAAACAUCCCAAGCAUUACUGUACUCUUCUCAGAAACGCAAGAUCUUCGUUCACAGCCAACAAACGAAGACGCCAAUCAAAAUUAAAGACUUCGCAAGAACAAGCGACAAUAAAAUAGUAAUCAAUGACAUGACAUACGUAGGUCAACCUACAUCCGGCGAGUACUCAUUUCAGUAUGCUGACGUGCCAGAGGAAAAGCAAAUCGCUACGAACAUAAUCAACAUACUAAAUGAAGGCAAAGAGUGGGACAGAGUUUCCUUAAAAGCGAAAGUAAUCCAAAAACCAGAAGCCAUCCAAGUCGGAUCGAAGAAGCUUAAGCUGGCCGUCGCCACCGUGGCCGACUUGACUGCUUCGAUCCCUUUGGAUAUAUGGGAAGAACAUAUUCAACGCAUUGGAAUCAGACAAGUCUACCUCAUGGAACCUAUGCAAGUAAGGGCAUGGUCCAACAAAAAGAAACUGGCAACCCAAAAGAAGACCAACAUUACGCAAAUAAAAGAAGACCAAGAACUAAACGAUGUAGAAAUACAAAGACAAGAAACCACCGAACUACAAGAAACUAUCAUGGUGAAAUGCUUCAAGAGAAUUCAAAAGUUCAGCAAAUGCCCGGACUGUAGUAGACGCCAUUGUGGGACGUGCCAAGACACUGUUAAAUGUGAACAGAGCAGAAUCAUGCGAAGCGACAAAUGUUCAACGGGGAUAACCGUAUUAUUUUAUUGUCAUGGAUGA